AGGACUGUCUGGGUGAGCUCUGUUGUGCCUUUCAUUCCUUGCCUAGGCUCUGUGGCUCUGUCGUUUGGCGGGUUUACCCCCUUUUUCUACUGCACAAUGCCUUUCGGUGUGGUCUUGAAAGAGGACUCCAUAGCUUUGGAUGUCUGGAAAUCUAUUAUGGAAUGAAAGCACGUUCCUGUCUCCUGGGCAGAACUUCAGGGUUUGUUUGAAUGGGCCCGGGGGCGUGGCUUCUUUUGCGAUCCGGCAGAGGCAUUUUCUGGGGAGGUGUGGCGCAGUUUGGGGGAGUGCCUCAUGGACUUUCUCUCCUCUGCCCUCACGCUGGAGGCAGCCAGGUUGUUAGUUGUGUGGCGAAAGAUUGAUCUCUUUUUCCGGGAAAUGAAUCCCGCUAGCUCGGAGAUCGCGGCAGAUUCUCGGAGCGACGCCCCCUCCCCGGUGGUAGGUGGGAGGCCGCAAAGGGGCGCGGCCGCGGUGUCGGAUGUGGGAUUCCCGUCCGAGCUCGAUCCCCCGUCUCCGAGGUCGGAGGAUUCUUUUCCUCCCCCUCCGGCUGCUGCGCUGGAAGAUUUGUCCCUCUCCGAUUCAGAUUUCCAAUUUUUGGGGGACAAGGGAGGCCUGAGCCCGCCCCGGCCGCUCGAACAGCGAGGGGGCGGGGCCCCGCAGUCGUCACGGCCGGCACCGCCCAUUCCUGCGCCACGGCGCCGGCGAGCGGGGGUGGGGGAGCCUUUCAUUCAAGCUUCCCCAGCAUUGACGGGUGGGGAGGAACCCACGCCGCGGCCCCCACCCCUUGUCGAGCAUGAUUCCAUUACCAUGCUCUGCCCGAACUGCGGAACUUCCACGACGUAUCCUCUGGAUACGUCAGAGGUGGAGCUGCCCUCCGUGCCGCCCCACUUGGGCGCCGAGGGUGGCGCCUUGGGCGCCCCUGCGCCGCUUCUGCAGAGCUUGCAGGGGGCGGACGCCGCUGGAGGCGGGGUCUGUGUCGGCUUUUCGCCGGCCCCCGCCCUUUUGGGUGGGCAGUCCGUGCAUUCCCUUUCGGGGGGGCUGCCGCCUGCUAUUGGCCGGCGGGGCCUCGGUGAAACUUUACUCAGUGGGAUCCCGGACAGGGCGGCGGCUGGCUCGGGCAAGGGCGGAGCGGCGCCGAUCCCCGCUCCCUUCCUGGGUUCCCCUCCCCCUGCACCGGCCGCGCCUGUGGUGCUGACCACGGUGCGCGGCGAGGGUGCAGUCCCGCGAACCGUGCCACUGCCGGCUCCCUGCUGUCCCCCAGCGCGGACGGCGCCUGUGCUGUUGAUAGCGGCGCACGACGGGGACGCAGCCCCGCGGGCACCGGCCGCCCCCCGCUCCCCCCCUGCGCUGAGUGCGCAGGCGCCCUUGACCACGGUGCACAGCAGAGCGAUAGCUCCGCCAGCCGCACCCGUCCCAGCACAUUGCAAUCCCCCUGCACAGGGCUCGGGGGCUCCGUCGGAACCUACGCCUGUCGACGAGCCUUGUACCCGUGUUGCGGCGGCCGCUGCUACUAGCCUGCCGGCGGCCGCAGACACUGCUGGGGCUGCGGCAGCGCCAGCGGGCCCGCCCCUGCAGCCUCCCACCGGCGCUGCGCCUGCGAUGGGAGCAGGCGCUGCAGCUUUUAACUUCAGCGCGGGUGGGGACGCAGCUGGGGUCCGGCCGGCCCUUCCCAGGGCCAAGAGACCCCGCGCUCUGGGAUCCUCCACCUGGACACUCCCCCCUUGUAAUGUCACAGUGCAGCCGAAGAACCAGGAGCGAUUUUGGGGGGAGGUUAGAGUCAAGAUGGAGGAAGUGGAGGAAUGCAUGUGUACACAUCGUCCUCCGGAGUCUGAAAAGAGGCUCUUUAGCUCUGCUGAUGUUGUUGCUGACUCUGCUGGACCUCCGGUGUCUGGCGUUCAGCUGGCCCCCAGCUAAGUGUCUGCCUCUGUCCCUGUGGACCCCACGGGACGGGAUGUGGCAGGUGCUGCCACCCUACCAGGAGGUCUCCAGGCUUUCCCUGUCCUAACAGGUGUUACCCAUAACACCCACCAGCCUUUGCAUUGGAAAGCCCUGAUGGAGCUUCGUGAUAGGGUGGGGAAAUAUGGCCUGGGGUUUGGUGAAGUAAUGCAGAUGCUCCAGUUUUUCAAUGGUCAUCUAUUAACGCCUUAGGACAUCCGAAGUCUAGCUGGUGCUCUAUUUCCACCUGUCGAAUACGACAUUUUCGAGUUGAAAUCGAAUCAGCUAGCAAUCAGCACAGUGGAGCAAAAUACCACACUAGGCCCAACUGAUGUCAGGCGCACGGCUAAUACCGAUAAGCUGCUGGGCAUUGGAAAUUAUGCCGAUGCCAAUGGACAAGUUGGGUUUGAGCCCUUGGUGCUUGAGCAGUGCCAGCAGGUAGGCAUGGCAGCUCUGGUUCAGACCAUAGCAAUGGCUGCUCCAGAGGAAUUGUUUGUGACAGUUGUCCAGGGAGUUGAUGAGCCUUUCCUGCAUUUUGCAGGAAGGAUGACUGCUGCGGUAGAAAAGCAGGUCGGUGAUCCCGAGGCUAGGAAGCUAUUACUUAAGCACCUGGCCCGAGGCAACUGCAAUACUGAUUGCAGGAGGAUCAUCAACGCACUUCCUGGUGAUCCGUCCAUCCCUCAGAUGGCGGAAGCCUGUGCAAAGAUAGGCACACGUAGCCGCAAGUUUGUUGCCUUGGCGGCUGCUGUGCAGCCGCCUCUGGCUAUGGCUCUACAACCAGCCAUGGCUACUGUGAUGCAGCCUGCUUGGAUAGUCCCUCAGGGCAGGCUGCAACAGUAGGGCAGUAGCCAAACCAGGAAAAAACAGGGGAAGAAAGUGCAGAAAACCACGACCCCCUUGUUUCUGUGCGCUCGAUGUGGAAAACCAAAUCACUACGCAAAUAAUUGCAAGGCAAUGGUGCAUGUUAAUGGCCAUCCCCUUCUGGCGUUGGAAAAUGUGAAACGGAGCGCAAAGCAGAGACGUGCUCAGACACAAGAGUCUCUGCCCCCACCCGAACCGAUGGAGGUCUGCUUAGCAGGCUUGCAGCCAGCACCCGCAGUUCAGCAGGUGUUGACGUCUGCACAGCCGAAUCUGUUGUCAUAGACUCGGACAAGAUACACAGGGUCCCCUUGGAUGCCUUUGGUCCUUUGGGUGAUGGCAUGAAUGCUUUCCUCAUGGAGAGGUCUAGUGCUAUCAUUCAGGGUAUCAUUGUGCACAGGGGACUCAUUGAUGCCGAUUUCUCAGGGCAGAUUCAUGCGAUGGUCUCCACACCCACCCCCCCUUUGACUAUUCCAAAAGGCACCCGUAUUGCUCAACUUGUUCCUUUUAAGUCUUCUGUUUCCAGGAGGGAGGACCGGUCACGAGGUGACAGCGGCUUCGGCUCUACUGGGCCGCCUCAAGUCCACUGGACCGCUGUCCUGACCAAAGACCGUCCUGAGAUGGUGUGUACCGUGACCAUGGCUGGUGCAACGCCGUCGGAGAUUCACCUUCGCGGCCUCCUGGAUACCGGGGCCGACGUGAGCAUUUUCUCCCUGGCAGCUUGGCCCCCGCAGUGGCCUUUGAGCCUGGUACAGACACCUAUCACGGGCUUAGGAGGAACGAAGCAAUGCUACGUGAGCCAGAAUCCCGUGGUCGUCACCAACCCGGAGGGACAGACGGCCAUGAUUUGGCCUCAUGUUACAGAGACUGCUAAGAACCUCUGGGGGAGGGAUGUUUUGGCCGCGUGGGGGGUACGAAUUAGUACAGAUUUUUAAUGGGGGCCACUGUGAUGAAGGGCGCAGUGUCCCACGCCUCCUUUACGGUGGCUGGUGGACAAACCCAUCUGGGAGAAUCAGUGGCCCCUCUCUCAUGACAAGCUAGUUGCCCUUCAUGAACUUGUACAGGAACAGUUGGACCAGGGGCAUCUGGAACCAUCUACCAGUCCCUGGAACACUCCUGUCUUUUGCAUCAAAAAGAAGUCUGGGAAAUGGAGGUUCCUACAAGACCUCCAAAAAAUCAAUGCCGUGAUGGAAGGCAUGGGGACAUUGCAGGCGGGCAUGCCAUCGCCUACCAUGCUUCCCGUGGACUGGCCGGUCCUCAUUGUGGAUCUGAAGGAUUGUUUUUUUAUGAUCCCUCUGCAUCCUGAUGACAGACCAAAAUUUGCCUUCACAGUACCAACAAUAAACAAUGCUGAACCAGCACAGAGAUAUCAAUGGAAAUUUUUGCCUCAAGGAAUGCUAAUUUCCCCGGUAUUAUGCCAAUGGUAUGUGGCCCGUGCCUUGUCUGGAAUUCGCAAGCAGUUUCCUGAUGCUCACGUCUAUCAUUAUAUGGACGACAUUUUGGUGGCUGCGUACACCCAGGAUGAGCUGCUGAGGAUACAGCCUCAGCUGUUGGAUGCUCUGCAUUCACAUGGACUGCAGGUGGCUCCAGAAAAGGUACAACAACAACCUCCCUGGAAAUAUUUGGGUGUCAAAAUUCUGGAACGGACAAUCCGUCACCAGGAGGUGCAAUUUGUGCAAUCGGUGAAGACACUGAAUGAUGCUCAGAAGCUGGCUUCAGACGACACGCAUCAGCCUCGAGCGAAGGUUUGGGUCUGGAAUUUAGUCACCAAACAAUGGGAAGGACCCUAUGAUCUGAUUGUUAUGGGACGUGGGUAUGCGUGUGUGUCCACAGAUACUGGGGCACGCUGGGUACCUUCAAAGUGUGUCCGUCCUGACCUGCGACAGCAGAGGCAGAAUCCGGCCGACAGGCGAGGUGGAGUCUGUGACCAGACUGAAGGUCAUCAAAUGGAUGAAUCCUCAGGCGAUGACUCGGACGCAGACGACGCGAGUGAUCGCUCUGAAGAUUCCUCCACGGAUAAUCACUGGACUCUGUACAGUUUUUUCCAUUGUAAAAAUUGUUCAUUUUUCUUUUUCUGUUUUUUCUUGUUUUAAAGAUAAAAAGGGUGACAUGUCACCCUGGUUCUGAA